GGCGACAAAUUGCGCAUGCGCGGCGUGCUCGACGCUACGUCCUGUCAAGAUGGUGCUGGUAGAGCACGUUGUGGCGGACGCCGGAGCCUUCCUGCGGGACGCGGCGCUGCAGGACAUCGGGAAAACCAUUUACACCAUCAGGGAGGUGGUGACGGAGAUCCGCGACAAGGCGACCCGGCGGCGCCUGGCCGUCCUGCCCUACGAGCUGCACUUCAAGGAGCCCUUCCCCGAGUACGUGAGGCUGGUAACUGAAUUUUCCAAAAAGACUGGUGAUUAUCCCAGCCUUUCAGCCACAGAUAUCCAGGUGUUGGCCUUGACUUACCAGUUGGAGGCAGAGCUUGUGGGGGUGGCUCACCUGAAGAAAGAGCCAGAAAAAAAGGUUAAAGUGAGUUCAUCAGUGCUACAUCCAGAAAAUCCUUUACAUAUUCCUGGUUUUCACCUGCCUUCUAAGCCCAAACUUCCAGAGGAAACAACAGUACAUCAUGUACCUCAAACUGUUGAAUCUUCUGAGAACCCAGAAUAUAAUUCCUUUCUAUUCUGGAGAAAUCCUUUGCCCAAUAUUGAUGUUGAUCUUCAGGAGUUGAUGACUGGAGAAGAUCAAUGUGUCCUAAGUGAGGAAGAAGAGAAUGGGAGAAUAGGAAAGAGCGGAGGUAGUGCUGAGGAGGAUGAGGAUGAAGGUGAGGAUGAAGAUGAAGAUGAAGAUGGAGGAUGGAUAACACCCAGCAAUAUUAAACAAGUCCAGCAAGAACUGGGACAGUAUGACAGUCCUGACAAUGUCCAGGUUGGCUGUGUAACCACAGACUUUGCCAUGCAGAAUGUUCUGCUCCAGAUGGGGCUCCAUGUGCUGGCAGUGAAUGGGAUGCUCAUCCGGGAGGCUAGAAGCUACAUACUGCGUUGUCAUGGCUGUUUCAAGACCACCUCUGACAUGACCAGGAUCUUUUGUGCACAUUGUGGAAAUAGAACACUGAAAAAAGUGGCCGUGACAGUCAAUGAUGAUGGCAGCCUUCACAUGCACUUCUCCCGGAACCCCAAGGUGCUGAAUGCGCGUGGCCUUCGGUAUUCACUCCCUGCUCCCAAAGGAGGGAAGCACGCCAACAACCCCCACCUGACGGAGGACCAGCCAUUCCCACAGCAGCGUCUGUCCCGAAAGGCCAGGCAGAAAACCAACGUGUUCGAUCCCGAUUACAUAGCGGGGGUAUCUCCCUUUGUAGAGAAUGAUAUCUACAGCCGGGCAGCCACACUGCAGAUCAGAGACAGUGCGCUGGGCGCUGGAAGGAGGCGCUUGAACCCCAAUGCUUCAACAAAGAAGUUUGUGAAAAAGAGGUGAAGGAAACGGGGGAUCCCCAAGAACGAGGCUGAAUGGCUGCCACUGCAGUGACCUUUCUCGGCUCUCUGCUUUCAAGAGCUUUUGCAAGGCAAGGAUGGGGCAGGAGCUUGUGUGUGAAUGUAGCCUUGCUGACAGUUCUAUUAUUAUUUGGCAGCUGGGGCAGAACUGAAUGUUGGCUUUAUCACCAAUGAAUUCUGGGCCGCUCCUUGGCCUGAUGAUUUGGGCUGGCCCACCUCCCACUACUUUAAAUGGAAUUUGUAAAGGAAGGAUGAAUAGCGCCCUGCAGCACCUCUAUAUUCUCUUGUCCCUUUAAAGGGAGAAUGCUGUCUCCUAGUAUUUUUCUAAUAAAUCUACUCUUCAUAA